AAAAUGGCGGCGGCGCCGAGCGGAGAUGAAGAGAGACUGUACUUGCUACUGAUGCAUCUGUGUUGAGGUGGGAACACACCUCUUCUCCUUUUGCAUUCAGGUUAUCCUGUCAGUGAUCAGGGUGUUCUGGCACAUCAACAGACUGGAGAUAUUUGUGAUUCCUAAGGGAAGAAAAAUCUGAGGACCAAGAUUUACAGGGUCUAAAGGACAAAUCCCCCAAAUCUAAAAAAGUCAAGAAAGAGCGGAAAGAAGAAAAGCAACAUGAGCAUGCCCAGCCCUCUGCGGAGCCAGCUGAAGCAGGCAAGGCAGAGAUGUCUGAAGGAGCUGGGACUGCUCCAGCUGUACCUGAAGCCUCUGCAUCUCCAAAACAGCGCCGCUCUGUCAUCCGAGAUCGUGGUCCCAUGUAUGAUGACCCCACUUUGCCUGAGGGCUGGACUCGUAAACUCAAGCAGAGAAAAUCUGGUCGCUCUGCGGGGAAGUAUGAUGUCUAUCUUAUCAACCCCCAAGGCAAGGCCUUCCGCUCUAAAGUUGAGCUCAUUGCCUACUUUGAGAAGGUGGGAGACACUUCUCUGGAUCCUAAUGAUUUUGAUUUCACGGUGACUGGACGUGGGAGCCCCUCACGACGAGAACAGAAGCCUCCUAAGAAAGCUAAAACUCCUAAAACUCCUGGCACAGGCCGUGGACGGGGUCGACCUAAAGGUAGUGGUUCUGCCAAACCCAGAGGAACUGCCUCGGAAGGUGUACAGGUGAAAAGGGUAAUUGAGAAGAGUUCGGGAAAGCUGCUAGUCAAGAUGCCUUUGCAGUCGUCUUCAGUGGGAGCAAAGGCAGAAGGCACAGGCGGGGCUACCACCUCAGCACAGGUCAUGGUUAUCAAGCGUCCUGGACGUAAACGGAAACCUGAAUCAGAUCCCCAGGCUGUACCUAAGAAACGGGGACGAAAGCCAGGCAGCGGUGCAGCAGCAGCUGUUGCUGAAGCUAAAAAGAAAACAGUCAAGGAGCCAGUCAUCCAGGCAGUCCGGGAGACAGUAUUGCCCAUCAAGAAGCGCAAGACACGUGAGGCUGUCAGUAUAGAGAUCACCAAGCCAACUCCUCCUCCUCCAAGCAACACAGGGGAGUGGAGUUCCAAAGGACAGCGAAUGGCUGCCAAGAGCCCAGGGCGCCGCAGCAAAGAAAGCAGCCCUAAAGGGCGGGGUGGCAAUGCUGUGUCAACCCCUGCCCCUUCCUCUUCUCCCGGCAAGAAGGAUCAGCUCCUCCCUCCCCAUCAUCCAUCUUCGGAGCUCCAGGGCACUUCCCCUGCUCAGUCCCCUGAAAGCCCUAAGGACAGCAAGAGCCUUCCAGCUGAGCCCCAGGACUUGAGCAGCAAGAGCUAUAAAGAGGAGAGGGCUCCAGAAAGUGAUGGCUGCCCUAAGGAGCCACCUAAGACUCAAUCUGGUGGCACGGCAGUGUCCUACAAACACGAGCGCAAAGAUACUGUGUCGUCCUCCACGGCCUUGUCCCGGCCCACAAACAGGGACGAGGCCGUGGACACCAGGACGCCUGUGUCAGAGCGGGUCAGCUGACUUUGCGGGGAGUGAGUGAGCAAGUGAGCGCCAGAGGUAACAAAGAGAGGGACAGGCACUCUCAGCCCCACACACCCAAAUGAGACUCCAGGCAGCUGCCGGGUAGAAUUCCCCUUUCCCACAAUGCCCCGGCUUUCAACCAAUCAGCUUACCCCCAAACUAUCCUUUCUCUGUGUCCCUCAUCUCCCCCCCCCAAUUUUUAAUACAGACAAGCACAGUGUGGGGUACAGAAACAUGCCUCCCAGGGCUGGAAGCCACUUUGCACUUUUUCUACAGAAUGGGGGCACCCUCUUCCCUCCUUCCCUUUCCCCAUCUGUCUGGCCCCUUCUGCCAUGCUUUGCUGAGAAUACUACUGACAAGGCAAGCUGUUUGGCAGGGGAGAAAUAGCUUCAAACUCUGGCUUGUUGCCCGGAUCCUGUUUGCCCUCCACAUUAUAGAGGCCCCAUCAACAGAUCAGGUGGAGAGGGGCCCACGUGUGUAUUCCACUCCACCUCCCUAGUGCCAUGUAAUGUAGUCGUCCAGUCUUAGUUGGAGUUCUGUAGUUUUCAGUAGGGUGUGUGCGCAUGUGUACACAUGAGAGAGAGAGAAAUAGGGUUGUGGUGUGUUGGGGAAUUAAUAUCCCUCAUCUGCCACUUAGGCCAGCAAUUAGGAAGAAUAUCCUCUCCCCACAAGUACAGCUCUGCUGCUAAGAGACCACUGGGAUACUAGGUGCAGCUGUGUAUUAAUGUCCUCCUUUCCUAUGUCAGUCCUGAAAGGAGAGGCCGUUGAUUUCAUUGAAACAAUCUGAGUGUGCUGAACAGCAUGUGUGUGUAUGCUUGUCACAGGCUAAGAGUUAAAAUGAGAAGUUCUUCCAGUUACUGUCAAUGAUGUUAGCUUAGGAAACUGUUUGCACUAAUGGAGGCCUUUGUCCACCUGUUGGGGGGCAGUGGUGUGAAAGAUGUACGAAGUGUGCCUGUGUGUAUUAGAUGGAGCAUUUGGACUGAACACUGGCUCACCUCUCCACCUUACUUCUGGGACAGGAAAGUAGCCCAAUGUGUGUAAAACUACCUGUAAUUCUUUGUGGGAUUGGUACAUGGCAAUGGCUGAAUUGAGAAGCCCAGUUGCUUCAAAUAAUUUCCCUAUGGUUGGCAGCGAAGCUCUUCCAAGGCUGUUGAGCACAUACAGUAUCUCCUCACUCCCCAGGAAAGCAGGGCUCAGCAGAAGUGUAGCGUUUUAUUGUGUAUGAGACUCUGUCUGCAAUUAAGGUCUAUUUUUUUUUCUUCCCAAAAGCAGAAAACUGCAGCAUUCAGUGGGGGAAGGGGAAGGGCACUGGCCAUUCUAGCCUGCUUGUUUUUGUUUAAGUGAAUAUGUAGCACAGAGGUAAUCUAAUGUCUCCCCCCACCUUUUCUGGACUGUAGCAAAUAAUUCAAUACGAAGAAGGGAAGCCUGGGUCCAAGUCAGAACUCUAGGGAGGAAGUAGCUAUCUUGAAUAGCUUUCAUUUUUUUGCAGUGGUGUGAAAUGAUAAAACAAGCCCCAUCUUGUUUCAUGGGUCCUUGAGGACCCUAAUAGACAUACAUCCUGCUAUCUGUGGUAACAUUUUUUAUAUAUAAAAAAGUUAGUAUACUAAAAGGAGUCACAGAAGGUACUAUUGUUCAUAGCAGUAGCAUUUCUCAGUCUAAAUAUGCCCCCUCUUCCGCUUCACAAGCUGUUACUGGGAGAAAAAUAGAGAUUCCUGUAAUGGCUUUUUUCCCUCUCUUUCUGGUAUAGCAGUUUGCCUGGGAGAGGACAAAAUUUAGAACAGGAAAAUUAUUUUGAGGGGGAGGAAUAUUAAAUUAUUUGUUUCCAAAGCAUCAUUCUUCUAAGCAAAAUUUGGAGUUCCUGCAAUUAUUCUCUCUCUCUCUCUCUCUCUCUCUCACACACACACACUCUCACACACACAGACACACACGGAGAUUGGCUCUCAGGAGUCACCUUGGAGAGCCACAUUGGCAUAGAGGGUGACUUUUCUCCUCCACUCUUGUCUAUCUACCAGACGUUGGAAUAAAAAUCCUUCUCUGUGUAUAAGCAGCUGUAGUGACGUUAUUAACCUUAGCAUAUGUUCUGUUCAUAAGAGAGAUUUAAUUUUCUCUGCAGGAAGACAGAUGAGGAUUAGCCCUGCAGCAACACAGGGAUUUGUUUUUUUCUGAGCUGCUUACACUGUAAUCAGAGCCAAAAGUUUGAUGUUUUCUUCUCCUUCUCCUUGAUUUGCAGUAAGGUUGGAGCUGCCUUCUCAUUUUUCUUUACCAAGAGUAAAAGCAAAGCCUCCUACUGAACCGCUAGAAUUUGGGCUACAAUCUGUGGCUAAAUGGUGGAUUCUGAAAUAUACUCUCUCUACCUGAAAGCAUAACCAAUCUGAAAACUAGCUUAUUAUUUAUUAGAAUGGUGUCUCUGUGCUGAGAAGUACAUACGGAAACCUGAUAGAAAAUGUAAAGAAGCACGCACAAGGAAAAAAAUGAAGGAAAUUACUUUGCAACAACUUAAACUCUUAAGGGCUUUUCCUCAGUAUUAAAAAAAAAAAAGGCACAACUUUAUUUUGGCAGGGGAGGGGGUCUCCUAUCCACAGUUUUCCAAACCACAGUGAAUAUCCUAGUCUGUGGGAAACUAGAAAUGGGAAAAAUACAGUAUACUUUGAUAAUCAGCUGCAUUUUUGGAUUUUUAAUAUAAGGCUUUGUGCUUGACUGAGAGAUCUAGAGUGAAUUACUGUCCCUCUUGCUCCAACUUCUAAGUCUGCAAAGACAACCUUCCAUCGUUUAUUAAUUCUUCUAAGUUACAAGAUGGUUUUAGUAAAUGGGAUAGAGCCUUACAUUUCAUUCCACUUUGGGGUCACUUCUGAUGUGACUUUUUUUUUUAACAGUAAACAUAUACAGACAUCCGUCAAAAUUGAAAGUGUGACAGAUACAAUUUGAUGUGGCUGAGAUUUGCAGAGCACUGUCUUGGAACUCAGAGUUUAAUUGUAUAGAUAUCACAUCAUGAAAGUUUCCACAGAGGAAUAUCAUGGUAAAGCAGCACCUUAGUGUGUCCAGCUUGAAACACAGAGCCACAUCAAGAAUAAAAAAUGGUGGUAGCAGUCUUUGCCAUUGGAAAAUUGAUUUUCUUUGAAAUUUCAAUUAGCCUGGCUUAUAACUGAAGGCCAAGCUGGAUGUAAUGGUAGCAAAUCAGUUUAUAGUUUUAAAAAAUCAUGUAAAGAGGACAGAUUAAAAAUGAUUUCCUGUAGUUUACUCCUACAGCCUGAAAAAUACAAGUAUUUGCAGGAUGAGAAGCAUUCUGAAACACGGCUUAGAGUGCCAUUGUUGCAAUGCAAGCUCCACCCCUUUCAUGUAUGUGAGCAAUAUCACAACACCUGUACAUAAGGAAUGGAACUGGUGUCACAAAGGUGUGACAAUGCCUUCAUCUUUUGUUCCCCCAAUCUCCGCUGUGGAUACCUGCUGACACAAAUAUUUUCACUCGUACACACAUUAUUCUUGGAAGAACUCUAAUAACAGGAAUUAGAUUGGAUAGAAAAAUGUGCCUGGGGAGAGGAUGAUGGAGGAAUUAGCAGACAUGGAGAAUGUUGCUUUCUAUAGCUGCCUGCAGCUUAUGCUCUAAAACAUGGACCCACUCUUCCAGUUCAGACAUAAUAGAACACGCUUAUGGCUAAGCAAACAAGUGUGUUGUGUCAGUUUAGUCCUAUUCCCUAUAGUACAUUGCUGCAUUCCAGUAUCUUUUUAGGAUUCAUAAUACUGUAGUAUAUAGCUGAGACUACAAAUGGGGCUGUAUUCUGCAGGAAAUAUACUUAGCAUUUGAAGUUUUUAGCAUUUGAACCUUCUGAACUUAACAUACCCAUAGGCAGAUCUCCUCUAGUUUACUAUUUGGAGUACUGAAAGCCUUAUGCUUUCCCGGUUAUUUGGCAAAAGAUCAUUUAGAAAACACAGCUUUUGCUAUCAUAAGAGGAGCUCUGGCACUUUCCCAGCCAUGUACCUUCAAAAAGGUAUAGGUGGCUGCUUUAUGUAAAAAGUUGGCAACCCUUUGCCAUGUCCUUUCCCAGCUGUCUCUCGAUGGCCAUUGUUGAGGCAGACAGUUGCCCUCAAAAUUGAAAUACCUCUCCCUCCCUUUUUUAAAAAAAUGUUUUCAUGGGGGAGAAUAAUGCACUUUAAAGCCAAGAGAGAAUAUUCUUUCUUGCUUUCUUCCUAUUUGGGUGGACAAUAGAGCCACAAGCCCAUUGAGACCACAUGAUUUUGACAGUGUCUUGCAAAUAGUGUGAGAAGAAUGGGUUAAAUUUAAUAUGGAGUCAGAUAGGGACAUUAAAAGGAGCUUCAAAAAUUGAGAUUUUUGUCAAUUGAAGUUGGAUAUCUUUAAUUUUAAAGUAUACCUAUGAACGUGUAUGGAAUUUGAAACAUAAAUCCUAAUUAGAAUAUCAGUACCCAUAUAUCAGCUAAAACCAUUCUCAUAUUGUAAUUAUUCUAAUCUACCAUUACCUGGAUUUGAAAAGCUUGUAAGACCACAGGUUUUUUUUUAAUCUCAUGUGUCUCUACAUUCCAAACAAGUCAAAAGGUGGCACCUUUAUACCAUUUCCCUUCCUUGGGUUGUGAUGUAAGGUGGGAAGUUGAAGGUGCAUUUUGUCAGGAAGAGCCAAACUAGAUGCUUGUGGGCAGACCAGGAUUGCUGCUAGACUGCUACAAAGUGAUCAUGAGAGGGGCAGUUUUGCACCAGAGUAGCAGCAGGCAAGCAAAAAGUUUUAAUUCUGCUUGCUUUUUUUCUAGUUCCCCCUGCCUUCCUCCCAGCACAUGAACAUUUCUUUGCUGCAUCUGGCAUCCAUCUUGCUCCACUUUGCAGUUGGUUACAGACCUGGGUCUUCCACCAAAAUCUAGUUCAACCCAAAGAAAGGAUUGAGAAAGUAGAGCAGGAGUAUGGACAAGAGGGAGUAAUAGAAGUCUGGCCUCUUCCCACCAUUCCUUCUAAAGAUGCUAUUGGAACUAACUGCUUUUCCAGAGUGAAUUACAUCAGUAGUAGCUUGGCUGGCAAUCUGAUUGCUUAUUUACAGGGAUACAAAGUUUUGUCUCUGAAGUGAAUAUCUUUGCUCCUAGCUCUGCCCACUUCCACCCAGCUCAUCCUCAAGACACAUGUGGAUAGUGCCUGGAGUUUGAGAGACUGUGCAAGAGGGAUUUACCUUGUUAGCAUUGUGAACCACCUGAUGUUUCUGUGUCAAGUGAAAAUAAACUUCUUGUCAGUUUCAAUUAUUAUCCAAUAAUGUGUAGAGUUUAACGUUAGACCUAAAUCUUUUUUGUUUGGGGAUUUAAUUUCUGUUUUGUGUGUGUGUGUGGUGUUUUUUUUUUAAGGCACCAAGUAGACACAGAAAAAAUUGUCUAAUUUUAUAUAUCUGUAUAUUGCAUUAUAAAUGAGGGGUAGCUUUUUUUUUCUGCUUAUUGCACCACUACCAAAUAAGGAUAACAGACUGACAAGCAAGGAAUGGUAUGGUCUGUUGAGAAUUAUUACAUGUUAUUUUCUUCACUACUAUUCCUAAUGUUCAGUAUCAUAGGACGAGGGAAAAGAAAAGACCCUUCACAAUUGCCUGCCAGUAAAUUUUUGUCUAUGCCAGAGCAGAAGAUACAUUUAGCUGGGCUGUGUUCUUACACUUUUGGAAGGGGAUUUCCUUUUUUGCCUCAAUGAGUUGGAAAAAUAACAGGAUGGUUGCAUAUACAGUAGCCAACAUUUUGAUUUUAUUUUUUUGCACUCAAAUCAACUUGUGGGGAAGGGCAGUUACUUGGGUUUGGGACGAUAAAAGUGGGGAAAACAUGGAGUAUUUGGUCUGUAUUGUGACUAAACUCCAUUAAAAAAUAUUUUCAGUUGAACUUGAGCCUAACUAAUGUUAUUGGCAUGAUUUAGCUCUGUCAACUAUGGCUACUUCAGUGGUGAAACAGCUUAGUCUGGUAGUGUAAUUUUGGGAAAACUACUAUUGGUCCUAAACUGAACUUCUUAGUGCUCUUCCUCUUUUUCUUCAUAACAAAGUUCUUACCUGGUUUCUCCUUCCCCCCACUUUCACUCUUUUCAGAGCUAGUAUUUCUCCUACCACUCCUUUUAAUUUUGUGCAUUGCAUGCCAUCUGGCAUAAAUUGGAAGCACUCCACAAUAACAUGUUCCUUCCAUUAGCUGAAUACCUGCCCUUUGCUUCUCUUCUCUCCCCUCUCUUCCCUGCAUGUUUAGCAAAAGUCUAGGUCUGAUUUCCAAAGACAUCAUGUCUGGUUUUGAUGUUGUACCUUCAUGGGUCAGUAUCAACUGCAUUCAGAUGUCGCUCCAGGAAAGAAAAGGGUGUGAACAAAGAAGGGACAUGGCAAAUUCUUGGGUGGGGGACGUGAAGUAUUGAAUUUGGCUUUCACUACUUUUUCUACUAAUCAGACAUGUUUCACAGUCAGUAUUUUUAAUUCAGAGAGAAUGAAUUAUCUGUUUUUCAGAUUGGACUUUGCCCUUUCUCCUCCUAGUGCUGCUUAUGCUUGCAUGAGUGAUAGCUGAGAUGUUCAGUUUGUGUCACACUUAAUAAUUUUGUAUUAAAGCUUUCAAGUUUUGUUGGCAUCUAUGACAUUAGGGCCCAGCUAGCAUUCAUCAAAUCAAAGGCUGAUGUGUUUGGAAGCAGAUCAUAAAAAAAAAGCUUGCUAGCACUUUACUGAUACAGUUCUCAUCAUAUCCCAAAAGGAACCAUUAGAAAGAGGACCAAAUAUGACAGUUUCCUGUCUGCCAGUUUUCACUUGCAAGUUAUGGAAAUCAGCAAUAUCCGCUCACAGUAGCAGCUUAAAUUUGCCGUUCUUCCAAAAGCAAAGACCGAGCACAGAUUACACUUCUCUGGGGACAGUGUAACUAUAUUCUUCCUAACUGAGGUUGGGAGAGAGAAUUUCCCAGUCCAUAAAUUGACAUGCAUAGAGUUUUCUUCCAAUUAUGGUUUUCCUUCUCCAAGCCAUGUAGAUGGGCAGUAUUUACUGCGGUUGUGUAUUAUCUCUGCAUUAAGUGGUGGAUGAGUUGGAAAUUGAUCAAUUGAUUUUCUUUGUGAGU